AUGCGGAUUGUGAACAUAAAUUACAUUUUUCUCCGCCUUUCUCUUCUCUCUCUCUCUUUCCACCUCUCUCUGUUUUUCCACCUCUCUCUCUCUCUUUCAACCUCUCUCUUUCCAUCUUUACCUCUCUUUCCACCUCUCUCUUUCCACUAUUCUCUUUCCAUCUCUCUGUCUUUCCGCCUCCCUGUCUUUCCACCUGUCUGUUUUUCCACAUCUCUCUUUUCACCUCUCUCUUUCCACCUCUGUGUCUUUCCACCUUUCUCUUUCCACAUUUCUCUUUCCAACUCUAUCUCCCUUUCCACCUUUCUCUUUCCAUCUCUCUGUCUGUACACCUUUCUCUUUACACCUCUCUCUUUACACCUCUCUCUGUUUUUCCACCUCUGUAUCUCUCUUUCCACCUCUCUCUUUCCACCUUUCUCUUUCCAUCUCUAUUUCUCUUUCCACCUCUCUCUGUUUUUCCACCUCUCUCUUUCCACAUUUCUCUUUCCAUCUCUAUCUCUCUUUCCACCUCUCUCUUUCCACAUUUCUCUUUCCAUCUCUAUCUUUCCACCACCUCUCUCUUUCCACAUUUUCUUUCCAUCUCUAUCUCUCUUUCCACCUCUCUUUCCACAUUUCUCUUUCCAUCUCUUUCUCUCUUUCCACCUCUCUCUUUCCACUCUUUCCAUCUAUCUCUCUUUCCCUCUCUCUUUCCACAUUUCUCUUUCCAUCUCUCUCUCUUUCCACCUCUCUCUUUCCACAUUUCUCUUUCCAUCUCUAUCUCUCUUUCCACCUCUCUCUUUCCACAUUUCUCUUUCCAUCUCUAUCUCUCUUUCCACCUAUCUCUUUCCACAUUUCUCUUUCCAUCUCUAUCUCUCUUUUUAUCUCUUCCCACCUUUCUCUUUCCAUCUCUCUGUCUUUCCACCUCUCUGUAUUUUCAUCACUCUCUUUCCAACUUUCUCUCUUUCCACCUGUCUGUUUUUCCACAUCUCUCUUUUCACCUCUCUCUUUCCACCUCUGUGUCUUUCCACCUUCCUCUCUCUUUCCACAUUUCUCUUUCCAUCUCUAUCUUCUUUUUCCAUCUUUCCACAUUUCUCUUUCCAUCUCUAUCUCUCUUUUCCACCUAUCUCUUUCCACAUUUCUCUUUCCAUCUCUAUCUCUCUUUUAUCUCUUUCCACAUUUCUCUUUCCAUCUCUAUCUCUUUCCACCUAUCUCUUUCCACAUUUCUCAUUUUCCAUCUCUAUCUCUCUUUCCACCUACCUCUUUCCCAUUUCUCUUUCCAUCUCUAUCUCUCUUUCCACCCUCUCUUUCCACAUUUCUUUUCCAUCUCAUCUCUCUUUCCACCUAUCUCUUUCCACAUUUCUCUUUCCAUCUCUAUCUCUCUUUCCACUCUCUUUCCACAUUUCUUUUCCAUCUCUAUCUCUCUUUCCUCUCUCUCUUUCCACCUUUUCUUUCCAUCUCUCAUCUCUCUUUCCACAUUUCUCUUUCCAUCUCUAUCUCUUUCCACCUCUCUUUUCCACAUUUCUCUUUCCAUCUCUAUCUCUCUUUCCACCUCUCUCUUUCCACAUUUCUCUUUCCAUCUCUAUCUCUCUUUCCACCUCUCUCUUUCCACAUUUCUCUUUCCAUCUCUAUCUCUCUUUCCACCUCUCUCUUUCCACAUUUCUCUUUCCAUCUCUAUCUCUCUUUCCACCUCUCUCUUUCCACAUUUCUCUUUCCAUCUCUAUCUCUCUUUCCACCUAUCUCUUCCCACCUUUCUCUUUCCAUCUCACCUUUCCACCUCUCUCUUCCCACCUUUCUUUCCAUCUCUAUCUCUCUUUCCACCUCUCUCUUUCCACAUUUCUCUUUCCAUCUCUAUCUCUCUUUCCACCUAUCUCUUCCCACCUUUCUCUUUCCAUCUCUAUCUCUCUUUCCACCUAUCUCUUCCCACCUUUCUCUUUCCAUCUCUAUCUCUCUUUCCACCUCUCUCUUUCCACAUUUCUCUUUCCAUCUCUAUCUCUCUUUCCACCUCUCUCUUUCCACAUUUCUCUUUCCAUCUCUAUCUCUCUUCCCUCUCUCUUUUUCCACAUUUCUCUUCCAUCUCUCUGUCUCUCUUUCCACCUCUCUCUUUCCACAUUUCUCUUUCCAUCUCUAUCUCUUUCCACCUCUUUCUUUCCACAUUUUCUUUCAUCUCUCUAUCUCUCUUUCCACCUCUCUCUUUCCACAUUUCUCUUUCCAUCUCUAUCUCUCUUUCCACCUAUCUCUUUCCACAUUUCUCUUUCCAUCUCUAUCUCUCUUUCCACCUCUCUCUUUCCACAUUUCUCUUUCCAUCUCUAUCUCUCUUUCCACCUCUCUCUUUCCACAUUUCUCUUUCCAUCUCUAUCUCUCUUUCCACCUCUCUCUUUCCACAUUUCUCUUUCCAUCUCUAUCUCUCUUUCCACCUAUCUCUUUCCACAUUUCUCUUUCCAUCUCUAUCUCUUUCCAUCUUUCCAUCUCUAUCUCUCUUUUCCUCUCUUUCCACAUUUCUCUUUCCAUCUCAUCUCUCUCUUUUCCUCUCUCUUUCCACAUUUCUCUUUCCAUCUCUAUCUCUCUUUCCACCUAUCUCUUCCCACCUUUCUCUUUCCAUCUCUAUCUCUCUUUUCCACCUAUUCUUUCCAUUUCAUUUCUUUCCAUCUAUCUCUCUUUCCACCUCUCUUUCCACAUUUCUCUUUCCAUCUCUAUCUCUCUUUCCACCAUCUCUUCCCACCUUUUUUCUUUUCUCUAUCUCUCUUUCCACCUAUCUCUUCCCACCUUUCUCUUUCCAUCUCCAUCUCUUUCCACCUCUCUCUUUCCACAUUUCUCUUCCAUCUCUAUCUCUCUUUCCACCCUCUCUUUCCACAUUUCUCUUUCCAUCCCAUCUCUCUUCCCACCUCUCUCUUUCCACAUUUCUCUUUCCAUCUCUAUCUCUUUCCCUCUCUCUUUCCACAUUUCUCUUUCCAUCUCUAUCUCUCUUUCCAUCUUUUCCACAUUUCUCUUCCAUCUCCAUCUCUCUUUUCCUAUCUCUUUCCACAUUUCUCUUUCCAUCUCUCUCUCUUUCCACCUAUCUCUUUCCACAUUUCUCUUUCCAUCUCUAUCUCUCUUUCCACCUCUCUUUCCACAUUUCUCUUUCCAUCUCUAUCUCUCUUUCCACCUCUCUCUUUCCACUUUCUCUCUUUCCAUCUCUCUUUCCACAUUUCUCUUUCCAUCCUCUCUCUCUCUUUCCAUCUCUUUCCACAUUUCUCUUUCCAUCUCUAUCUCUCUUCCACCUCUCCUAUCUCUUUCCAUCUCUUUCUCUUUUCCAUCUCUUCCAUCUCCUCUCUCUUUCCACCCCUCUCUCUUUCCACACCUUUCUCUUUCCAUCUCUAUCUCUCUUUCCACCCUAUCUCUUUCCACAUUUCUUUCCAUCUCUUCUCUCUUUCCAUCUCUUUCCACAUUUCUCUUUCCAUCCUAUCUCUCUUUCCACCUAUCUCUUUCCACAUUUCUCUUUCCAUCUCUAUCUCUCUUUCCACCAUCUCUUUCCAUCCUCUCUCCUCUCUCUUUUCCAUCUCUCUCUCCACCUCUCUUUCCACAUUUCUUCCUCUCUAUCUCUUUCCACCUCUCUCUUUCCACAUUUCUCUUUCCAUCUCUCUGUUCUCUCUUCCAUUCUCUCUUUCCCAUUUCUCUUUCCAUCUCUCUCUCUUUCCAUCUCUCUUUCCAUCUCUCUCUCUUUCCACCUCUCUCUUUCCACAUUUCUCUUUCCAUCUCUAUCUCUCUUUCCACCUAUCUCUUUCCAUUUCUCUUUCCAUCUCUAUCUCUCUUUCCAUCCUCUCUCUUUCCCACAUUUCUCUUUCCAUCUCUCUCUCUCUUUCCACAUUUCUCUUUCCAUCUCUUUCCACCUCUCUCUUUCCCACAUUUCCAUCUCUAUCUCUCUUUCCACCUUCCUUUUUCUUUCCAUCUCUUCUCUCUUUCCACCAUCUCUUCCCACCUCUUUCCAUCUCUAUCUCUUUCCACCUCUCUUUCCACCUUUCUCUUUCCAUCUCUAUUCCACCUCUCUCUUUCCACAUUUCUCUUUAUCUCUCUUUCCAUCCUAUCUCUCUUCCCCUCUCUCUUUCCAUCUCUAUCUCUCUUCCCACCUCUCCACAUUUCUCUUCCAUCUCUAUCUCUCUUUCCAUCCCUCUCUCUUUCCCAUUUCUCCAUCUCUAUCUCUUUCCACCUCUCUCUUUCCACAUUUCUCUUUCCAUCUCUAUCUCUCUUUCCACCUAUCUCUUUCCACAUUUCUCUUUCCAUCUCUAUCUCUCUUUCCACCUAUCUCUUUCCACAUUUCUCUUUCCAUCUCUCUCUCUUUCUAUCUCUUUCCACAUUUCUCUUUCCAUCUCUAUCUCUCUUUCCACCUAUCUCUUUCCACAUUUCUCUUUCCAUCUCUAUCUCUCUUUCCACCUCUCUCUUUCCACAUUUCUCUUUCCAUCUCUAUCUCUCUUUCCAUCUCUCUCUUUUCCAUCUCUAUCUCUUUUCCACUCUUCUCUCUUUCUCUCCUCUCUCUCUUUCCACCUCUCUCUUUUUCUCUUUCCAUCUCUAUCUCUCUUUCCACCUCUCUUUUCCACAUUUCUUUCCAUCUCUUAUCUCUCUUUCCAUCUCUAUCUCUCUUUCCACCUUUCUCUUUCCAUUUCUCUUUCCAUCUCUAUUUCUCUUUUCUCUCUCUUUCCACAUUUCUCUUUCCAUCUCUAUCUCUCUUUUCCAUCUUAUUUUCCUUUCUCUUUCCAUCUCUAUCUCUCUUUUCCUCUCUUUCUCAUUUCUCUUUCCAUCUCUAUCUCUCUUUCCACCUCUCUCUUUCCACAUUUCUUUCCAUCUCUAUCUCUUUCCACCUCUCCUUUCCACAUUUCUCUUUCCAUCUCUAUCUCUCUUUCCACCUCUCUCUUUCCACAUUUCUUUUCCAUCUCUAUCUCUCUUUCCUCUCUUUCCACAUUUCUCUUUCCAUCUCUAUCUCUCUUUCCACCUAUCUCUUUCCACCUUUCUCUUUCCAUCUCUCUGUCUUUCCACCUCUCUGUCUUUCCAUCACUCUCUUUCCACCUUUCUCUCUUUCCACCUGUCUGUUUUUCCACAUCUCUCUUUUCACCUCUCUCUUUCCACCUCUGUGUCUUUCCACCUUUCUCUUUCUACCUCUCUAUUUCCAUCUCUCUCUCUUACCACCUCUCUCUUUCCACAUUUCUCUUUCCAUCUCUCUCUCUUUUUCCAUCUCUCUGUCUUUCCACCUCUCUCUUUCCAUCUUUCUGUCUUUCCACCUCUCUCUUUCAACCUCUCUGUCUUUCCACCUCUCUCUUUCAACCUCUCUGUCUUUCCACCUCUCUCUUUCAACCUCUCUGUCUUUCCACCUCUCUCUUUCCAUCUUUCUGUCUUUCCACCUCUCUCUUUCAACCUCUCUGUCUUUCCACCUCUCUGAGAUUUCUCAAAAAUCCUGUUCUUUCAUUGUCUUUUCUCAGUCAAAAAUCCUGUCCUUUCAUUGUCUUUUCUCAAUCAAAAAUCCUGUCCAUUCAUUGUCUUUUCUCAGUCAAAAAUCCUGUUCUUUCAUUGUCUUUUCUCAAUAAGAAAUCAGGUCCUUUCAUGGUCUUUUCUCAAGCAAAAAUCCUGUCUUUUCUCAAUCAAAAAUCCUGUCCUUUCAUUGCCUUUCUCAAUCAAAAAUCCUGUCAUUUCAUUGUCUUUUCUCAGUCAAAAAUCCUGUCAUUUCAUUGUCUUUUCUCAGUCAAAAAUCCUGUUCUUUCAUUGUCUUUUCUCAAUCAAAAAUUCUGUCCAUUCAUUGUCUUUUCUCAAUCAAAAAUCCUGUCCAUUCAUUGUCUUUUCUCAAUCAAAAAUCCUGUCCAUUCAUUGUAUUUUUUCAAUCAAAAAUCCUGUCCAUUCAUUGUCUUUUCUCAAGCAAAAAUCCUGUCCAUUCAUUGUCUUUUCUCAGUCAAAAUUCUGUUCUUUCAUUGUCUUUUCUCAAUAAAAAAUCCGGUCUUUUCUCAAUCAAAAAUCCUGUCCUUUCAUUACCUUUUCUCAAUCAAAAAUCCUGUCCUUUCAUUGUCUUUUCUCAAUCAAAAAUCCUGUCCAUUCAUUGUCUUUUUUCAAUCAAAAAUCCCGCCCAUUCAUUGUCUUUUUCUCAAAAAAUCAAAAUCCUGUCCAUUCAUUGUCUUUUUUUCAUUGUUCAUUCAUUGUCUUUUUCUCAAUCAAAAUCCUUUCCUUUUAUUGUCUUUUUUCUCAAGUCAAAAAUCCAUUGUCUUUUUUCAUUGUCUUUUCUCAAUCAAAAAUCCUGUCCUUCCGUUGUCUUUUCUCAAUCAAAAAUCCUCUGCUUUCAUUGUCUUUUCUCAAUCAAAAAUCCUGUCCUUUCAUUGUCUUUUCUCAAUCAAAAAAAUCCUCUGUCUUUUUCAAAAAAAAAAAUUGUCUUUUCAUUGUCAAUCAAAAAUCCUGUCCUUUCAUUGUCUUUUCUCAAUCAAAAAUCCUUCAAAAAUCCUGUCCUUUCAUUGUCUUUUCUCAAUCAAAAUUCUGUUUUUCUCAAUCAAAAUCCUGUCUUUUCAUUGUCUUUUCUCAAUCAAAAUCCUGUCAUUCAUUGUCUUUUUCAUUGUCAUUCAUUUUUUUCCAUCAAAAAUCCUGUCUUUUCAUUGUCUUUUCUCAAUCAAAAAUCCUGUCCAUUCAUUGUCUUUUUUUUCAAUCAAAAAAUCCUGUUCAUUCAUUGUCUUUUCUUUUCUCAGUCAAAAAUCCUGUCAUUGUCUUUUUCAAUUGUCAUUGUCUUUUCUCAGUCAAAAAUCCUGUUCUUUCAUUGUCUUUUCACAAUCAAAAUCCCGUUCAUUCAUUGUCUUUUCUCAGUCAAAAAUCCUGUCAUUUCAUUGUCUUUUCUCAGUCAAAAAUCCUGUCCUUUCAUUGUCUUUUCUCAAGCAAAAAUCCAGUCUUUUCAUUGUCUUUUCUCAAUCAAAAAUUCUGUCUUUUCUCAAACAAAAAUCCUGUCCUUUCAUUGUCUUUUCUCAAUCAAAAAUCCGGUUUUUUCAUUGUCUUUUCUCAAUCAAAUAUCCUGUCCUUUCAUUGUCUUUUCUCAAGCAAAAAUCCAGUCUUUUCAUUGUCUUUUCUCAAUCAAAAAUUCUGUCUUUUCUCAAACAAAAAUCCUGUCUUUUCAUUGUCUUUUCUCAAUCAAAAAUCCUGUCCAUUCAUUGUCUUUUCUCAAUCAAAAAUCCGGUCUUUUCAUUGUCUUUUCACAAUCAAAAAUCCAGUCUUUUCAUUGACUUUUUUCAAUCAAAAAUUCUGUCUUUUCUCAAACAAAAAUCCUGUCCUUUCAUUGUCUUUUCUCAAUCAAAAAUUCUGUCUUUUCUCAAACAAAAAUCCUGUCUUUUCAUUGUCUUUUCUCAAUCAAAAAUCCUGUCCAUUCAUUGUCUUUUUUCAAUCAAAAAUCCCGUCCAUUCAUUGUCUUUUCUCAGUCAAAAAUCCUGUCUUUCAUUGUCUUUUCUCAGUCAAAAAUCCUGUUCUUUCAUUGUCUUUUCUCAAUCAAAAAUCCGGUUUUUUCAUUGUCUUUUCUCAAUCAAAAAUCCUGUCCUUUCAUUGUAUUUUCUCAAGCAAAAAUCCAGUCUUUUCAUUGUCUUUUCUCAAUCAAAAAUUCUGUCUUUUCUCAAACAAAAAUCCUGUUCUUUCAUUGUCUUUUCUCAAUCAAAAAUCCGGUCUUUUCAUUGUCUUUUCUCAAUCAAAAAUCCUGUCCUUUCAUUUUCUUUUCUCAGUCAAAAAUCCUGUCCUUUCAUUGUCUUUUCUCAAUCAAAAAUCCGGUCUUUUCAUUGUCUUUUCUCAGUCAAAAAUCCUGUUCUUUCAUUGUCUUUUCUCAAUCAAAAAUCCUGUCCUUUCAUUGUCUUUUCUCAGUCAAAAAUCCUGUCCUUUCAUUGUCUUUUCUCAGUUUCUUUUACUCCUUGA